CGAGAAAUACAAACUAUCUAUAUACUACAAGCUCCAUACCGUGCAACAUUUCCACAACAAGCAGUGAUGAAGAACUCUUGUAAAAAAAAAAUUCAGAUAUAUAAACGGGGACAUCUAUAUAUCUUCCCAAUGCUAAACUUCAAUGCAACAAAACUAAAUCCUCCUUUGUUUAAUGAUGUUCAAACAACAUAAUAUAGGGCGUUUAGCAGUACUCUGUUGUUUGCUGUUAGUACCUCUUUUCACAUUAGUAGAAUCGGCACCGCAGUUACCACAAGCCCAACCCGGGUUAUCAGCUAAAAGACAAGAAAGCAAUUGGAUGGAUACAAUAGCUAAUGUAGACCAUGCUACGGGUACUGGGAACAUACGUUCAGGGCUUGCCUCAUUAUAUGCUAUGCACCUUUUCCAGGAUAUGUGCGAUAAGGAUGAAAAUGGGAUUAUCAAGAAUAGAGUGGAACGUAUUACCUCUAAGGUAGCUGGAGUAAUAUUUGGUGUUUAUGGUGCCUACAGAUUGCGCAAUGGGUUUGUCGCUCAGAGCUCACCUUAACAUAUAAUGAUAUCUGGAAAUGGUGGGAGUAAUAGCAUGUUUACUACACAGUCAGCUUAUGAGAUACCACGUCAAAUAAGGGAGAUGAUAAAGAUUAUUAUUCUCUACCUGAGUUGUCAUUAUACAGCGGAGAUAUUCUACUUAAUUAUACUCUUAAUGACAAAGAGUAUUCAACUUACUAUCGCGAAAAUGAUGAUAUACCGUACGUGAGGUCAGCUCCCAGGGGAAGUUGGAAGCUAGCAAACGAAGCUCUCAUUUAUUCAUGGAUAUGUAUUACUUUACAGAAAAUCGAGGCGUGCAAAGUUUGGAAGCUUUUGCACGAGACAGUAAUGGUCUGGGAAGUCUGUCUUCUUACAUAGCUCAGAAAUUCAUGCUAAAGUGGAGUAUCCUAAUGACUCACAUGACUAUUAUUAUAUUACGGUUUGUAUGGGUAUGUAUAAUGGCAAGUAUUCUAGGAUUUCUAUGGCAAAAAUGUUUCUGAAUGACCAAGAUCAACUCCCAACAGACAUUGAUACAGUUUAUAGUGGUAUAGAUCCUUGUUGGGAGUAUCAUAUGUGAUUCCAGUGAUGGAGCUGAUAAUUUGUUGAUCUGAACGAUAAUAACACAACAUAUAUAUAACGUAACAUUUAUAUUUCACAAUCAAUAAUAAAACGUGUUUUGGUAUUUACAAAGGAACGUGAAUUCGUAUUAAUCAGUAGACCUCUCGUGUUGCGACGCGUCGAGGUUACCACGCGCGUCUACAUCACUGAAUCCGAACGAUAUAUCUUUUAAAACUGCUUGCAGAUUCACUAGAAGGGUUUUUAAGCCCCUCCAGCAAGUCGGCCGAAUUUCGACGAUAAU